AUGUCAAUUUUGGCCAAGAUUGCAGAGAUCGAGGCCGAGAUGGCUCGUACGCAGAAAAACAAGGCUACAAUGGGGCAUUUAGGGGUGUUAAAGGCAAGAAUAGCGAAACUGCGACGAGAAUUAAUCACACCAAAAGGUGGAGGUGGUGGUCCUGGUGAAGGCUUUGAUGUUGCUAAAACAGGCGAUGCACGGAUUGGAUUUGUCGGUUUCCCUUCAGUCGGCAAAUCAACUUUACUGUGUAAUCUUGCUGGUGUUUAUUCGGAAGUAGCGGCAUAUGAAUUCACUACUCUUACUACUGUUCCAGGAGUUAUCCGUUAUAAAGGUGCCAAGAUUCAACUUCUCGAUUUACCUGGAAUUAUUGAAGGUGCAAAAGAUGGGAAGGGGCGCGGCCGUCAGGUCAUUGCUGUUGCGCGAACAUGCUCGUUAAUACUUAUGAUAUUAGAUGUUAUGAAGCCAUUACAGCACAAAAAGUUGCUAGAAUUAGAAUUGGAAGGAUUUGGAAUACGAUUGAAUAAAUUACCGCCAAAUAUUUUAUUUAAACGUAAAGAAAAAGGUGGCCUAAAUUUAACUUGUUUGGUGAGCAUCCUCCCUACAUGUACUAUGCUAAAGUCAUUAAUUAUUGUCUACCAUACCCUCUUUAUCAAUUAUACUUCGUUGAAUCUUAUUUAUUUGAUCAGUCCUGCUUCUUUGAUUUACAUGCCAUGUAUAUAUGUUUUGAAUAAGAUCGAUCAAAUCUCGAUUGAGGAACUAAAUAUAAUACGUAAAAUCCCACACUGUGUACCGAUUUCGGCUCACCACAAAUGGAAUUUUGAUGAUUUGCUCGAAAAAAUGUGGAACGAUUUAAAUCUUAUAAGAAUAUACACUAAACCAAAAGGACAGUUACCUGACUAUAAUGCUCCAAUUGUUCUACAAGCUGAAACACGAACUGUCGAUGAUUUAUGCAUGAAAAUCCAUAAAACUCUUCAAAAGGAUUUCAAAUUUGCAUAUGUUUGGGGCAGUUCAGCGAAACACAAUCCACAAAGGGUAGGAAAAGAACACAUUCUAAAUGAUGAAGACGUCGUACAAAUUGUUAAAAAGUUGGUUAUUUUCAUAUUAAUCUAUUUCUUCUAG